ACAGUGACGAUAUGAACGUAUCCAAACCAAAAACCAUGGAUUACAGGCAGUAUCCUCGCUGUGCUAAAGACUAGAGCUACCAUUUACAAGAAAGGGGACAUGGACCGACAAGACAUCAAACAUGCACAAGGACAAUAUAGGAAGAAGGUAGAAUCCUAAUACACCAGCUCCGUCGAAUGUGGCAGGGCUUGCAGACAAUAACGGAUUACAAAGGGAAACCCAGCCGUGAGAUGCCCAGCGAUGCAGAACUCCCAAACGAAAUUGCUUUUAUGCUUGUUUCGAGGAUUACAACUUGCGUGAAAGUCCCUGUUUCGGAUGUGUGAUCUCGCUCUCCAUGGCCGAUUCUUGUAAUCCCAACAUGUUUCAAGCUGACCAGCAUUGUCCCUUUUCCCAAGAACUCCAAGUCUGCAGUCAUGCCUCAUGGAACACCUGCCCCACCUAACAAGCGGAAAAAGCCCUCUAAGAUCAUCACUGACCUGUCACAUGUCACUCAAGAUGAGUAUGAGUCAGAGCCUGAGGCGUCAGAGUUUGACCUGGGGACGAAGAUCAAGACUCCCAAGGACACCAUGCUGGAAGAGCUGAACCUCUUCACCAAUAAGGGCUCCAAGAUGUUCCAGAGGAGGCAGAAGCGUGUGGAGAAGUUCAUAUACGAGAACAACCCUGACCUCUUCGGCAGUGAGUCUAUGGAGAACUUCCAGAAGUUGGUCCCCAGCCUGGGUGGCACAAUGAUGUUGGACGCUAGUGGCCACAUGGUGGAGAAGAAGGCAGGCCCUCCUGUGCCCCCUCCCAAACCAGGCAAAGAUGGGCAUGGUCAUGGUCAUGGUCAGGGACAUGAGCAGGGUCAUGAGCAUGGACAUGAGCAUGGACAUGAGCAUGGACACCAUGGACAUGCACAUCAUGAUGAUGUUGCUCCAGGAGAACAUGGUCAUGGUAGUCAUGGAGUAGAGGUUGCCUUAGACAAGGCCAAGAAGAGGCAUGAUUAUGUCCCCUCAUACGUAUCACCAUGGGAAAAGGCCAUGAAGGGCAACCAGGAGCUGACAUCCAGCAUGAGAUAUCAUAUGCCGGGCCCCCAUGCCCACCAUGAUCUGCCCAAGUUCAAGUCUUUCAACAGGAGUGCUACACCGUUUGGGGGCUUUGAUAAGGCCUCGCAGCUCAUGACCUUCCAGCUGCCAGACACCCAUGAGGUGGCCCAUGAUGAGCCUGAACUGGCUAUGGUAUACCAGCAUGAGAUUGGCGCUCGACCCUCCUUCAACCGCACUCCUAUAGGCUGGGUGGGGAGCGGUGAGCCCAGCAGCAUCCACAUCGAGUUGGACGCCAUGCCCUUCGAUGGGGAGACUGACGACCUGUGAAUAGCAUGCCCCACAGACCCAGAUGUGCAGAUAAAGACCACGCACGAAUAUAUACAAUUACAUAAACAAAAACCAUAACUUUUUUUGAAAGGUUUGGGAUGCAAUCAGCUUUUCCUUGGGUUUAAUUAAUUAAUAGGAAAGUGUGUAUGAAAUGAACCACGUAGCUCAAUAUUGGGCUCUUUAAUUUAGACAGACAGACAGACAGACAGACAGACAGACAGACAGACAGACAGACAGACAGACAGACAGACAGACAGACAGAGAAGGAGUGAAAGUAAACACAAUAGGCUACCAUAACUCUGAUUUAUGCUUACACUUACUUUUUUCAUGAUGAUUAAUUUAAGGGGCAUAGUAUAUUGUGCAAUCACACUACAAGUGUGUAGCUUAUUCAAAAAGCUGCAAAAUAACACAUUUUGUCCAUGAGGAGAACAGGUAAACACGACGGAGAGUUUGAGUAUUGUUUAGCUUUUCAGCAUGUUGAUGUGACUCAUUGCUCAUCAGGACAGCCACAGGUUGUUCAUUUAGCUUCUAGCCUUCUACCAUCAUGGCUUGUACUGUAUUUCUGUGUUUUUCUGUGUUUCUAUGCCGUUUUCACUUUUGACAGCUUUGUCAAGCCCCUGCAAAUCCAGCCCAUCCCAAGAUGCAUGCAGUAAGCAUGAGGUGAGGUGUGUUAAUGUCUGUUGAGUGAUAGAGAUGAUGUUCUACUGCAUCACCCAAUUUUUCUCCCUAAUAAACUUUUUCCAAUUGUA